UGACAUUUCCCUAUGAAUUACAGAGAUAUUGGAUUUUGGUUACCCUCAAAACCUUUCACCUGAAAUCUUGAAGCUUUACAUUACUCAGGAUGGUGUACGCUCACCAUUUUCCUCCAAGCCUGUAGACAGACCAAUUCCAAAUGCUACUUUACAAGUAACUGGUGCUGUUGGCUGGCGCAGGGAAGGUCUUGUCUAUAAGAAGAAUGAGGUAUUUCUUGAUAUUGUUGAAAGUGUUAAUCUUCUUAUGUCUUCCAAAGGUAGCGUUCUACGUUGCGAUGUAACUGGGAAGAUCGUUAUGAAGUGCUUUCUUUCUGGAAUGCCUGAUUUAAAGUUGGGUUUAAAUGAUAAAAUUGGCCUUGAGAAAGAGUCACAGAUCAAGUCCCGCCCUACUAAAAGUGGGAAAACUAUCGAGCUUGAUGAUGUUACAUUUCAUCAGUGUGUAAAUCUGACAAGAUUCAAUUCAGAAAAAACUGUCAGUUUUGUUCCUCCUGACGGUGAAUUCGAAUUAAUGAAGUAUCGUAUUACAGAAGGGGUGAAUCUACCAUUUAGGGUACUGCCAACUAUCAAGGAAUUGGGUAGAACGCGCAUGGAAGUGAAUGUUAAGGUGAAAAGUGUGUUUGGGGCAAAAAUGUUUGCACUUGGCGUGGUUAUCAAGAUUCCAGUACCAAAACAAACAGCAAAAGCAAAUUUUCAGGUGACAUCUGGCCGAGCAAAGUACAAUCCAUCUAUCGACUGUUUGGUCUGGAAGAUAAGAAAAUUUCCUGGACAAACUGAACCGACAAUGAGUGCUGAAGUGGAGUUAAUUUCCACAAUUACUGAGAAGAAGUCUUGGACUCGACCUCCAAUCCAGAUGGAAUUUCAGGUUCCUAUGUUUACAGCAUCUGGAUUGCGUGUUCGUUUCCUCAAGGUAUGGGAAAAAAGUGGGUACAACACAGUUGAGUGGGUUCGUUACAUUACAAAAGCUGGUUCAUAUGAGAUUAGAUGUUAGGAUUCAUGGAGUAGCAGCUGCUGUAUAUUCCCAAUGCCCUGUGGAGGGAGGAGAUAUCAAUCAGUGCAUUUGGCCUCAAAUUCAAAGCUGCUUCCCGUCCAUAUCCUGUGCCAUUCGAGUUAAAUGUUACUCACAAGAAAAUUAUAAAAUUAUAAGUUUAGGUUGAUAAUUCUGCGAGUUGAGAAUAGGCUAAUUUAGGGAUUUGAAUUUGAUUCUUUUAGUAGCACUGUAAAAAUGAGCAUUUGAUUAACAUUCUGGUCUGCUAUAUUUUGCCACAGUUGAUUUGUUGGUUUGAUUUUUCAAAUCGCUGAGUGAAAAUUUUAUUGCAAUU